UAAUUCAUUUUUCGGAUGCAAUGAAAUUCUUACAUCGCUAAAGUUUAUGAUAAACCAAACUUUUUGAAAAUUAGCUCAAGAUUGAGCAUUCAGAACUAUUUCAAAGUACACGCCCCGCUGACUACAGUAUGUUUAGCUCCGACGCAAAAUGGCCGACAAGUGACAACGCUCGUCCUAUUUUGAGUCACAGCGCAAUUCACGCAUCUAGCCUUUCAAAUAACAUCUAUGAGACAAAGCGACGCGGUUCUUCUUCUACUGUUUAUUUCUGGGUGGAUUCAGAAUGUUUUCUACCUCUGUGCUAUUGUUUUAGCUAUUUUACUUGUUAAAUUACUUACUCAUUCAUGAGUAGACAUUUCUUUGUUAUGUUGUAUUAAACGCUACGUAAAACGACCUCAUAUUCAACACUGUCACGUUCCUCCAAAUCACAUUUUAAAGACAUAAAAUCCUUGUUUCCAUACAUCUUCUUUCGGGGCCGAUAAAAACAGCUACUUCCUUGUUGAUAUCAUUCUUGCUUGUGAUUGGCCAACUCGGAGGACUUGUUAAAAAUGGGCGUGCUUGAUUGGUUGAGACAGCGAAUGCUCGUCUGCGUUCGGGAAGCAUCGCAUCACGAAUCUUUUUUUUAAGUAAUGGAACUCCGGGCAGUAUUUUCGAUUAUUACAGGAUUAAAAAUGCUAUUUGUGCCUCGAAGGAGCUAGGACGGAGUUGGUGCCAAACACACCUUGUGUUUGUCGUCGUCAAGCCUCCAUCAAGUCCUUGACGAGCAUCCAACACCUGCCGUAAAAAUGUGGCGUAGUGCCGGUUGAUUACAACUGCUCCAGGUAACACUAAUAGAAGAGUUCAAGAUGUCUCUGCCACUAGCUGUCAUAGUGGUCGUCUCUGUACUGGAGCUAGCAGCGACUCACGCCGGACCAGAGCUGGACCCCUACAAAACUUUGGGUGUCACUCGAGCUGCGAGUCAGGCUGAGAUUAAGAAAGUCUACAAACGUCUGGCUCGAGAAUGGCAUCCUGACAAAAACAAAAAUCCAGGAGCUGAGGAUAUGUUUAUCAGGAUUACCAAAUCAUAUGAGAUCCUAUCCAGCGAGGACAAACGCACCAACUACGACCGCUACGGGCAGACGGACGACACGCAGCCAUACGGCGGCGGACGCUACAGCGGCCACCGUCAUGACAACUUCAACUUUGAAGAGUCCUUCUUUAAUUUCCCCUUCAACAGCAGGACGCAGCGGGACUUCACUGAUAGCAAGUACUCGCUGCACUUUAACCAAUAUGUCAACGAGGUGGUACCCGACAGCUUCAAGAGACCGUACCUGAUCAAGAUCACCUCCGAUUGGUGCUUUAACUGCAUACACAUCGAGCCUGUGUGGAAAGAGGUGGUCCAGGAAAUGGAGGCGUUAGGUGUUGGAAUCGGCGUGGUGGACGUAGGCUACGAGAGGCGAUUAGCCAAUCACCUCGGCGCUCAUCGUACACCGUCUAUACUCGGAGUCAUCAAUGGCAAAGUGACAUUCUUCCAUUACGCGGUAGCAAAGGAGCAUCUGAUGCAAUUCGUGGAAGACAUUCUUCCACAGAGGCUCGUCGAAAGAGUGAGCGACAAGAACCACCAACAGUUCUUGAACAGUUGGCAUGAAGUCAACAAGCCGCACGUGCUGCUGUUUGACCAAGUGCCCGUCGUUCCCUUACUCUAUAAACUGACGGCUUUUGCGUACAAGGACUACAUGCAGUUUGGCUACGUAGACCAAGGCCUCGCGGAGACGAGCAAUCUACAGAGACAGUUUAAUAUCAACACUUACGCCCCGACCAUGCUGGUUUUCAAAGAGAACACGGACAACCCCGCUGACAUUAUACAGACUAAAGGAAUGAAAAAGCAGAUCAUCGACGAGUUCAUGUCCAAUAAUAAAUUUCUCCUGGCGCCGAGACUGGUGAAUCAGAAACUCUUUGAUGAGCUCUGUCCUGUCAAGCAGUUCCACAGACGAAGGAAAUACUGCGUGCUGUUGAUUACAGGCGACGACGAGAGCUUUUCUUCAGGGAACCGCGCCUUUCUGUCUUUCGCGUCUAGCAACACCAGGGAAGUUGUGAGAUUUGCUUAUGUUUACCAACAGCUUCAGCAACCGCUUUGUAACAUCCUGAUGACCGGCAAGGAGAGUGCACAUGCAUCAUUGCCACCGCAGGUGGUGAUCCUUGAGAGGCGCAAUUCUGCCGGGAAGGCCUUUUUCAAGCCAGUGACCACUUGGAACGGCAGCGAAAACGAUAAGCAGCGCCUUGUGGAAGAGUUGGAGCGACUCCAGAAGGACCCGUCCAUUCUGAUCCAUGACGCCAUGCUGCCUGAGCUCAAUAACGAGUUUGCAUCUAUGUUUGUCAUCCAGUGGAUCUAUGCAUUUUAUGGUUAUCUCUCUGAAGUCAUGGAUGACAUUCUGCACAACAACUGGCGUGAGAUGAUGCCUUUGUUGUCCCUCAUCUUUUCGGCCCUAUUCAUCCUCUUUGGAACUGUGGUCAUCCAAGCGUUCAGUGACUCAAGUGACGAAAACUCCCCAAAACCCAAAGCAAAAGAUGGAACUAAAACAGGAAAUGAAUCACCAGGGAGCGGAGCUGCGUCCAGCCGGCCUCCGAGGAAGAACUUCGUGGAGGUGACGGAGUUGACUGAUAUCACCUACAUCAGCAACCUGGUGAGGUUGAGACCAGGGCACAUGAACAUUGUGCUGGUGCUGGCAGAUGCCUCCAAGAACAUUCUGCUGAGCAAGUUUGCCAAAGAGGUCUAUUCUUUCACAGGGAGCCUGACACUGCAUUUCUCCUUCCUGAAUACGGACAAGCACGGCGAGUGGAUGCGCACGCUACUAGACGGCGCGCAGGACGCCGCCCAGAUCUACGCCUGCGAGGACGACGACGCCAACGGCAAUACGGACUACGCCGGCUACGUGCUCGCGCUCAACGGCCACAAAAAGUACUUCUGCCUAUUCAAGCCCGUCUACACCGGCGAAGACCCGGACGGCAAGACAGCGGAGGACGAUUCGACGAGAAAGUCCAGAGGGGCUUCUCGUGAGGAUCACCCGCCGCGCAAAUCGGCCCGUUGUCGCAGCACGUCGACUCUGCAGAUCCACCACAAGCUGGACCGCUUGGGCUUGUGGAUGGAAAGGCUAAUGGAAGGCACCUUACCCCGUUACUACAUCAUCGCCUGGCCGGGACUAGACAAGAUCACUCCCGGGAAAUAGCUGGUGUCAGGUUAAGAUGAGGGCUGCAACGAUUAAUUGACCAAUUGCCAUCUAAUCGAUUUUUUUUUUUCUCAAAGCAGCAUUUGGCGACACGCAGCUGAUCUGAACGCAGCAUUAACCUGUCCUGUUCAGCUGCUUAGCUACGCAAAUGCUAAAUCUGAGCAUCUAUUCCAAUUAUUCAACAACUAUUUUGUCAGCGAGCAGCUGGAUUUAGCCAUGUUAGAUGAGUUGUCAUAUUCACAGUUGCCACUAGAGGUCAGUAUAUCCACCCUAAUCAAUAAAACUAAAUGCAAACACUUUCAAAACAAACCAUGACAACGCCGCUGUAAUUCAACGAAUCCUCAAAGCAGCAAAAUUUGAUUCUUUUUUUCUUUUUCACAGGCAUAAAAAUCUCUAACCUUUCGGCGAAAUUUGCCGUUUUGAAGUAUAAAAAGGGUGACCGACGUGAAUUGUGUAGAGCAGAGGAGAAAAUUUGUUGUCGGGAUUUUUUUUUUUUUUAAUGUCUGACGCUUGGUAUGCAAGCAGGGAAAGCAGCACAAAGCCCAAAAAGCGCACUAACGUGGCCAAAACUUAUUUCAACGAAACAAAGGCGGGUACACUGUUGUGUCCUGUCUCUUCAAUGCCAAGCUUGGCUGCACGUCGGCUGUAAAUGAACACCUCAAGCGCUGUCACCCAGUUGUAAUUUUGGAAGACGACAGGAGACAAUUACAAGCUGGCAGAUCGUAAGUCCAUCUAACUAACGACAUGUUUUAUUGAAGUUGCUAAGCCUGUCGCGAUAUCCAAUGAGUCCAUUUAUUGCACGGUAAAUAAAAAUGAGGGCGGUAAUUUUCACGGCUGCGUUUUUAUCACUGAGCGCGGCAUAUGAAACAACAGUUCUUUCACAGAUGUUUACUGGUCAUCAGCACGUCGUAGAAUUAAAGUUCAGACAUACAAAACAAGGAAACACAUCUACAGUGCCCUCCAUAAUUAUUGGCACCCCUGAAAAAGAUGUGUUUUUGAGCUUCUAAUAUAUAUUUGUUUAAAUUCAAAUAAUAUGGGACCCUAAUGGGAAAAAAAAAGAGAAAAAUCCGACCUUCAAUACAUGUGCAUUCAUUCAGUAAGGAAAAAAUCCCACAUAAAGAAAAAAAUAUUUGGC